AACUAGCCUCUCCUGCUUGCUUGGACCCGAUUUGACCAGUAACAGAGAGUUUUAGACAGAGAAGAGAAAGCUUAGAGCUUUGCUUUUUGAUAUAUAAGCUUCCCUUAAUCUCAUUGUUUGAAGGAGUUUAAUAUUUCAAAAAAAAAACAAAAGCUUUGAAAAGGGGGCGAAAUCCUUGAAAAAACUUUUGUUUGCUUGUGGUUAUCAUCUUCAUCUCCAGCUCAAAUUCAAUUCAACCGCCGCUUUCUUUUUGUCCGUCGAAGAAGAAGUAGCAGCAGCUUUGCAACUCACAAAGACAAACCCCACCGAGUCUUAUUCUCCUUAAUCCGACUCACUGAGUCUCAUUUCUCCUGCUCCUGGUCUUUUCUUCCAAUGAGUUGAAAGAGAAAGAAAAUCGCGUAUAGGAUCGCCAUGGCUACACCAGUUAAUAUUAUAGUAGGUUCUCAUGUAUGGGUUGAAGAUGCAGCAGUGGCAUGGAUAGAUGGUGAAGUAUUUAAAAUAAACGGUGAUGAAGUUCAUGUUCAUACCACAAAUGGGAAAACAGUUGUUGCAAAUAUAUCCAAAGUGUUUCCCAAGGAUACUGAAGCUCCUCCAGGAGGUGUAGAUGACAUGACAAAGUUGUCAUAUUUGCAUGAACCAGGAGUUCUGCAUAACUUGGCUAACAGAUAUGAACUUAAUGAAAUCUAUACAUACACUGGAAAUAUACUGAUUGCUAUAAACCCAUUUCAAAGAUUACCUCAUCUGUAUGAUACUCACAUGAUGGAACAAUAUAAAGGUGCCCAAUUUGGAGAGCUAAGCCCUCAUGUUUUUGCAGUUGCAGAUGUUGCAUACAGGGCAAUGAUUAAUGAGGGAAAGAGCAACUCAAUUCUAGUUAGUGGAGAAAGUGGUGCUGGUAAGACUGAGACAACAAAGAUGCUCAUGCGAUAUCUUGCACACUUGGGUGGUCGAUCUGGGGUGGAAGGGCGAACUGUUGAACAACAAGUUCUAGAAUCAAAUCCGGUUCUUGAAGCAUUUGGCAAUGCCAAAACUGUUAGGAACAACAACUCAAGUCGUUUUGGUAAAUUUGUUGAGAUCCAAUUCAACAAGAAUGGGAGGAUAUCUGGGGCAGCCAUACGAACUUAUUUGCUUGAGAGGUCUCGGGUUUGCCAAAUUUCUGAUCCUGAAAGAAACUAUCAUUGUUUCUACCUUCUUUGUGCAGCUUCACCUGAGGAAAGAGAGAAGUAUAAGUUGGGAAACCCCAAGUCUUUCCAUUACUUGAACCAAUCCAACUGCUAUCAAUUGGAUGGAGUAAAUGAUGCUGAGGAAUAUCUUGCAACUAGAAGGGCAAUGGAUGUAGUUGGCAUUAGUGAAGAGGAACAGGAGGCAAUUUUUGGGGUUGUAGCAGCAAUUCUGCAUCUUGGAAACAUUGAAUUUGCAAAGGGAGAGGAGAUAGACUCUUCUGUUAUCAAGGAUGAGAAAUCUAGAUUCCAUCUUAAUAUGACAGCAGAGCUGCUCAAGUGUGAUGCCAAGAGCUUGGAAAAUGCACUAAUAAAACGUGUUAUGGUAACUCCAGAAGAAGUUAUUACGAGGACUCUCGAUCCUGUUGGUGCAGUGGUUAGCAGGGAUGCCUUGGCUAAAACAAUUUAUUCCCGCUUGUUUGAUUGGCUUGUGGAUAAAAUUAAUAGUUCAAUUGGGCAGGAUCCAAACUCAAAACAAUUAAUUGGAGUUCUUGAUAUAUAUGGUUUUGAAAGUUUUAAGCUUAAUAGUUUUGAGCAGUUCUGCAUAAAUUUUACAAAUGAAAAGCUGCAGCAGCAUUUCAAUCAGCAUGUCUUCAAAAUGGAGCAGGAAGAAUAUACAAAAGAAGAAAUUAAUUGGAGCUACAUAGAAUUUGUUGAUAACCAAGAUGUGCUAGAUCUGAUUGAGAAGAAACCUGGGGGAAUUAUAGCACUUCUAGAUGAAGCCUGCAUGUUUCCUAAAUCGACGCAUGAAACUUUUGCUCAGAAGUUGUACCAGACAUUUAAAAACAACAAGCGCUUUAUCAAACCUAAACUUUCCUGUACUAGUUUUACCAUAUCUCACUAUGCAGGGGAGGUAACUUAUCAGGCAGAUCAGUUCCUUGACAAGAACAAAGAUUAUGUAGUGGCAGAACAUCAGGAUCUUCUGACAGCCUCAAAGUGCUCCUUUGUGGCUGGUCUCUUUCCUCCACCUCCAGAGGAAUCAUCAAAAUCCUCUAAAUUUUCUUCCAUUGGGUCACGCUUUAAGCUACAACUCCAAGCUUUGAUGGAGACCUUGAAUUCAACUGAGCCCCAUUACAUCAGAUGUGUGAAGCCAAAUAAUGUACUCAAGCCUGCAAUUUUUGAGAAUGCUAACAUCAUCCAGCAACUACGUUGUGGUGGUGUUCUUGAGGCAAUAAGAAUCAGUUGUGCUGGAUAUCCUACAAGACGAACAUUCUACGAGUUUCUCCUCCGUUUUGGUGUUCUGGCUCCAGAAGUUAUGGAAGGAAACCAUGAUGACAAGGUUGCUUGCCAAAUGAUUCUGGAUAAAAUGGGAUUGAAAGGUUAUCAGAUAGGCAAGACAAAGGUUUUCCUCAGAGCUGGUCAGAUGGCUGAACUGGAUGCAAGAAGAGCAGAAGUGCUUGGAAAUGCAGCUAGGACCAUUCAAAGACAAAUCCGCACGUAUAUUGCACGCAAGGAGUUUAUUGCUUUUCGUCAAGCUGCUAUUCACUUGCAAUCUCAUUGCCGGGGUGUAUUGGCUCGCAAACUAUUUGAGCUGUUGCGACGGGAAGCAGCAGCUUUGAAAAUUCAGAGGAAUUUCAGACGAUAUACUGCCAGGAAAUCCUACUUGACUCUGUAUUUGUCUGCAGUCACGUUGCAGACAGGUUUAAGGGCAAUGACUGCUCGUGAUGAAUUCAGAUUCAGAAAGCAAACUAAAGUUGCAAUUAUUAUCCAGGCACAAUUGCGUUGCCAUUUAGCAUACUCUUAUUACAAGAGGCUUCACAAGGCUACAUUAGCUUCUCAAUGUGGCUGGAGGGCAAGAGUUGCUCGGAGAGAGCUUAGAAAGCUUAAAAUGGCUGCAAGGGAAACAGGUGCUCUUAAAGAAGCAAAAGACAAAUUAGAGAAGCGUGUGGAAGAGCUGACAUGGCGAUUGCAAUUUGAGAAGAGAUUGAGGACUGAUUUGGAAGAGGAAAAGGCCCAAGAAAUUGCCAAGUUACAAGAUGCUUUGCAUGCAAUGCAAAUACAAGUAGAAGAAGCAAAUGCCAGAGUUAUCAAAGAACGAGAGGCAGCUCGGAAAGCUAUUGAAGAGGCACCUCCAGUCGUUAAGGAGACCCCCCUUCUUGUUCAAGACACUGAAAAGGUCAAACAAUUAACAGCUGAGGUGGAGAGUUUGACGGCUUCACUGCUCUCAGAAAGACAGGCAGCAAAAGAGGCAAGGGAAGCUUGUAAAGAUGCUGAGGCCAGAAACUCCAAACUGAGCAAGAAACUUGAAGAUGCAGAGCAAAAGUUGGGUCAAAUUCAGGAAUCAGUGCAGAGGCUGGAGGAGAAACUUUCCAACUCAGAGUCAGAGAAUCAAGUUCUUCGUCAGCAAGCACUAACCAUGUCACCAACAGGGAAAUCCUUGUCAGGGCGGCCAAAAUCAAUAAUUAUACAGAGGACGCCGGAGAAUGGAAAUGUUGCAAAUGGAGAACCGAAGGUGGCAUCUGAUAUGAUGGUUGCUAUAGAAAAAGCACGUGAACCUGAAUCCGAAGAAAAACCACAGAAAUCUCUCAAUGAAAAGCAGCAGGAGAACCAGGAUCUACUGAUCAAGUGUAUAUCACAAAACUUGGGAUUCUCUGGGGGCAAACCAGUUACUGCUUGCAUUAUAUACAAAUGUCUUCUCCACUGGAGGUCAUUUGAAGUUGAAAGGACUAGUGUGUUUGAUCCUAUCAUUCAAACAGUAGCUUCAGCCUUAGAGGUCUCAGAUAACAAUGAUGUCUUAGCCUAUUGGUUAUCAAAUUCAUCCACAUUGUUGCUGCUGCUCCAACAUACACUCAAAGCAAGUGGAGCAGCCAGCUUAACACCACAACGUCGGAGAACAGCAUCAGCUUCUCUUUUUGGAAGGAUGUCUCAAGGGCUACGGGCAUCUCCUCAAAGUGCUGGACUCUCAUUCCUUAAUGGUCGAGCACUUAGUAGACUGGAUGAUUUGAGACAGGUUGAGGCCAAGUAUCCUGCAUUACUGUUUAAGCAACAGCUUACUGCCUUCCUUGAGAAGAUAUAUGGAAUGAUAAGGGACAAUUUGAAGAAAGAGAUCUCUCCAUUGCUUGGUUUAUGCAUUCAGGCACCAAGAACUUCCCGGGCAAGUUUAGUAAAAGGACGCUCUCAGGCUAAUGCUGUUGCUCAGCAAGUUUUAAUUGCUCAUUGGCAAAGCAUUGUGAAAAGCUUAAACAAUUAUUUGAUGAUAAUGAAAGCAAACUAUGUGCCUCCCUUUUUAGUGUGUAAAGUGUUCACUCAAAUAUUCUCAUUUAUCAAUGUUCAGUUAUUCAAUAGCCUUCUUUUGCGGCGUGAGUGUUGCUCAUUCAGUAAUGGAGAAUAUGUGAAAGCAGGUUUGGCUGAAUUAGAGCAGUGGUGCUAUGAGGCAACUGAGGAAUUUUCAGGCUCGGCAUGGGAUGAAUUGAAGCAUAUAAGACAGGCUGUUGGAUUCCUAGUCAUACAUCAAAAGCCUAAGAAGACCUUGAAUGAAGUUACAAAAGAACUUUGUCCGGUGCUGAGCAUACAGCAACUAUACAGGAUCAGUACCAUGUACUGGGAUGACAAAUAUGGUACUCAUAGCGUAUCGUCAGAUGUUAUAUCCAGUAUGAGAAUUAUGAUGACUGAGGACUCGAACAAUGCCGUCAGCAGCUCUUUUCUGUUAGAUGAUGACUCAAGCAUCCCAUUCACUGUGGAUGACAUCUCCAAGUCAAUGCAAAAAGUAGAAAUAGCCGACAUUGAUCCUCCUCCAUUAAUUCGUGAAAAUUCUGGAUUUGGGUUCUUGCUUCCACGCUCCGAGUGAUGUUCAUGUUCCCCCCUGUAUAUGGAAGUCUGUGGGGGGUCCUGUGCAAGAACAUGCCAAGACCUGUGCAUAUAACCUCAUUGUUUUUAUCACCAUCCAUGUGUAUAUUAUAUUUUGCAUUAGUCUCAGGCUACCAUCUUUGGUGUCCAGGUCAAUUACUCUUUCCCUCGCGUUACAUAAACAAGAGGGGUAUUUUUUGAGAGUUCACAUCACAUUUAAUGUGAUAAUGUUCAAAUCAUAGGGGUAGGCAAUGGUGCCUCAUAAUUUCACAAGCCUGCAACAGGCUUCGUUUAUAUUUUUUUAUAUUAUUUUUUAGCCAGGCCUCUUCUAUAUAGUUUGACGAGUUUUAGGGUUUAGUGGUUUGAGUGUAACUGGCAUGUGCCGCAUUUUAUAGGCAAUUGUUUGAACGAGAAAACAAUAUGUAUUCUUCAUUCUUUUCUUUUAUUAUUUCUUUUUUUA